CCUACUUGAAAGUUUCCUCUGUUGACCUAUAUAGAAUGACUGAUAGAUCGUUUGUACGGAAACUAGACACUUAAACUAUUUUUUUACUAUCAAUAAAUACUCAUUUUUUACUGUAUUUUAUGUGUUUGGACAAAAUAAUAAACUGGAGUGAGGGACAGAAUUUACAAUGAAGCAGCCUGGGAAAUAUUUAUUCAUUCUGGUAUUAUGCAAUGUCGGAGAACUGUACUUUGGAAAGAAGUUUGAUACGGAUCUUUACCUGGAGAAGUUUGGUUACCUCGACGAGAAGGAGCCUGGCAAGCAGCAUGAUGAACAUUCCAGGAAAAGUGCCAUCGAAACAUUCCAAGAGUUUGCAGGACUUAAGGUGACAGGAAUUCUGAACGAGCAAACCCUGAAGAUGAUGCUUGCACCUAGGUGUGGCCUGCCUGACGUCAUCAAACCCUCAGAUCGGAUACCGCCAUCUGGAAACAAGAAAGCAAAUCGCAGACAACCUUUACAGUUUAACGCACCAGGCUACAAAUGGGACAAGAAACAAAUAACGUACAAAUUUACUGGAUAUACAAGACAGCUUCCAGUUUCCAGUCAAAAACGAGCAAUCCGAAACGCAUUCAACAAAUGGGAAGCUGUUGUACCGUUGACUUUCCGUGAAACCACUUCCUCCGACGCCGACAUUCUCAUCAACUGGGUGUACAGAUCACAUGGUGACGGGAGUUCUUUCGAUGGCCUUGGUGGGACAUUGGCGCAUGCGUUCUUUCCCGGAAAUUCAGACAUUAGCGGAGACACUCAUUUUGACGACGAAGAGGUCUGGACGGAGAGAAGUAAAGAGGGAACAAACCUUGAAAUUGUGGCUGCACACGAACUAGGACAUGCCAUUGGCCUAGGUCACAGUAACGUGAAAGGAGCUCUCAUGCUGCCGUUCUAUGGCGGAUAUGACCCGAACUAUAAGCUUCAUUAUGACGAUAUACGAGGAGCCCAAUCGUUAUAUGGUGGAAGGCCUGCACCUCGACCCACAGCCGCACCAAGGCCUAGGCCUACACCAAGACCUACAUCGAGACCACGCCCAAAACCUACAAGGAAACCAGAUGAUGAAGAUACUUGUAAUAUAAAAUUCGACGACAUUGCUAAUGGUCCAGAUGGUCGAUUGUAUGCAUUCAGAUACCGAAAGGUGUACAAAUUCAACAGUAACGGAGUUGGAAUUGAGCGAAAGUUUCCCAGAAAUGUGAGAAAAGUGUUUCCAAAGGCUCCAAACAACAUCGGAGCUGCCGUGUACGAUAGAUACCACAGAAAAUUCUAUAUUUUCAAAGGAAGCCGAUACUGGAGGUAUAGCAGUAACUUUCAGCUGGAUUCUGGCUAUCCUAAACGCGUUCUUGGCUGGUACCGUGGUAUCCAAGCAGCGCUUCAAGAAGACAACGGCGAAAUCAGAGUACUAAAAGGAAGUCAGAUGAGCGUGUGGAGAGAAGAUUUCUCACAGCCCCCGCGAGGAUAUCCGAUUAGCAUUAGUGUAGGAUGGCCGGGUCUGAGGUCGGAUCUCGAGGCCGCGGUACGAUACGGCCGGAGGUCGUACUUCUUUAAGGGAGGAAAUUACUUCCGAUACAACGAUUACUACAGGAAGGUUGACUACAGGAAAGCUAAAGCUGGUCCCUGGCUUGGAUGUGGUCGUGUAGAACCAAAGUAAUGCGUCGCUAUUUCUUAAUGUGACAUAUCAGAUUCCUAAAUGUUUCAACCGCUUAUGGCAAUGAAAAAAAAUUACGCGAUAUGAAGGAGUUAUAUCAUUUUGAUACACAUCUGCAUUCUCCUUUUGAACUAUAUCUGUUAUACAGAUUCUAUCAUAAAACAAAAGUGCACCAUUACAUUGCAUAAAAGGUUAUACCUGCAAAAAACCCAACAUUUACGAGACUUUAAAAAGAAUAAAAAACUUACCUGUGCCGAAAUGUAUGACUUUACAAAUAACAUUGGCGUAUGAGCAUUUGAAAGCUGUGGGAAGAGGAGUGCUGAGAGGGACCAACCGUAGAUUUUGUUUAAAAAAAUAAUAAAACGUUGUGUUCUGUAUGAUCGUUGAAAUAGGCCCAUUGCCUUUAUUUACUUUUUUUCUAACAAAAUAGGGAUUUUUUCGGGCCAAAAGUUGGGAAAAAGGGAGGGCCAAAGCAUAUGUUGUCCCGCCCCCUACUGCUCUCCGCCUCCCUGCGUAUACGCCUGUGAGUAUAUGGCAGUUACAUAGUCUGUUCUAGCCUGGGAAUCCAGUCUGACAAUUUCUAAUCUUUUAUUUACCUCCAAAUUGUUGAUAAUAUCAGAAACUCGAUGAAUGCCAAUUAACACUAAUUAGCGCACAUUAGUAGCAUCUAUAAUGCAUAAAUAUUAGGUAUGAUUUCUUCUGACAAAGAACAAAUAUUAUCAACGGCUUCCCAGGCUAAGUCUAUUCGUAAAUUGAUAUCUUUUAACAUUUACGAUCAACAUUUACGAUCAUUCCAAGUAGUAAUGGCCGCUUCUGUUAUGCAUAACACGGAACGAAUUUUCCAUAAUGCGCCUUUUGUUUCUUACAUUAAUUUAGUAAUAUUGUUUAGAUAAAAUCGUAUUCACAGUAAUAAAAAUGUUUAAAUGUUGCAUUCAUACACAUGCAGUGCAGUCUAGUCUUGUUUUUUUUUUAAGUAAAAGUAUGCUUUUCACUAAAGGACAAUGCACACAAACUACUAUAAUCACAGACUUAAUGCUAGCCAAAAGUAACUCCUUCAAUAUUACAUAUAAUUGUUUUCAGUUUCCUUGAUAAAGUUAUCCAUUAGAUAAUUUUUAAUUGCUCUUUUAUAUUGAACAAUGUUUUUAACAGAUUUAUUACUAUCUAGUAAAGCAUUCCUUGAUACCAUUAUAAAAGAAUAACUGUUUAAUGACAGAAUUAUGUUCAGGAGGAACACAACUUAAAGCAAUAGAUCUAGCGUUGUGUGUUGUAACUUCAUUACUCCAUACAAAAUUGGCACAAAGAUAUGAUGGAUAUUUUAUAAAAAAUAUUUUGUACAUGUGAUUAAGUCUUAAUUGUUUGACUCUACUUUCUGCAUUCAAUACAUUUAACUGCUGAAACUGGUAGGCUGUCACCGAAGUUCUUGGAAUUGAAUUCUGAAUAAACCUUACAACACUA